AUGAUUACAAUGAUUAGAUUUCUUUGUCGCCCAACUCUUCACAUCUCCUCCACCACCACCACCACUACUCGCCGACACCACUCUCUCUCCGCCGUCCGCCGCCGAGCUUCUUCCGCCUCGUUGCAGCCAUUUUCCCCUUCGCGAGAGAGACUGAGCGAGGGUAGGUUUGGGGUUUUGUUGAAUGUCAGAUCGCCGAUGACUUCGUUACCUUCGCCGGCGCUGCCGGCUCAGCAGAUCGACGGCGGAGUGCUGGAGGCCGUGAACGACGACCAUGGAGGAGUGAUAGUGGAAAUGACCAAUGGACCCCUGGACGCCGCCUCUUACGUUCCCUUACUCAGAACAUCGCUUUCCCACUGGCGGCGGCAGGGAAAGCGUGGUAUCUGGAUUAAGUUACCUAUUGAGCUUGCUAAUCUGAUUGAACCCACUGUUAAGGAAGGAUUCUAUUUUCACCAUGCAGAGCCUAAUUACUUGAUGCUGGUGAGCUGGCUUCCGAGUACUCCCAAUACUCUGCCAGCUAAUGCAUCACAUCGUGUGGGCAUCGGUGCUUUUGUAUUGAAUGAGAAGAAUGAAGUUCUUGUAGUUCAAGAAAAGAGCGGACAUUUUCGUGGAUCAGGAGUGUGGAAAAUUCCCACAGGAGUUGUUGACGAGGGUGAAGAUAUUUGUGAUGCUGCAGUCAGAGAAGUAAAAGAAGAAACUGCGAUUGAUUCGAAGUUUGUAGAAAUACUGGCGUUCAGGUACUUUCCCAUCCUUCUUUACUUACAUAGUCCAUAUAGCUCUUUGCCUGUAAAUUUUUAG